UACGCCUCCAAUCACGCCCCUUUGAGCUCCUGAUUCCUGUCACUUCCUCUGGGAGCCGGUCACGGUCGUUUUUCCGCGCGAGUGUAAAGUUGUUGUCAGUCAGAGUUUUCAAGCAAAUCAUUCUUUCGCUAUGAGUUGUCCUUACGCUCACAACGGCGAUGGGAGUACGCCAGCCCGCAAAAGUGGCGACGACAAACGGAUGUCUUAUGGAGAUUAUCUUCAGCUGAACACUCUUCUUGAAUGCCAGAAGCCAGCUAGCACCAAAUUUGGUGAUGCAACCGUCCAUGAUGAGCUCCUUUUUAUUGUGGUACAUCAAGCCUAUGAACUCUGGUUUAAGCAGAUUAUUCACGAGUUGGACUCCAUCAGGGACAUUUUUACCUUUGAGGAAUUGGGCACAGAUGAAAGGAAGAUGCUACUUUUAAUCUCAAGACUGGGUCGCAUCGUCCAGAUUCAAAAACUGUUACGUGAUCAGAUCAUGAUAUUAGAGACCAUGACUCCUCUGGAUUUUAUGGAAUUCAGGGACUACUUAGCUCCUGCGUCGGGAUUUCAGAGUCUCCAGUUCAGGCUGAUCGAGAAUAAACUGGGAAUUAACAAGGCGCACAGAAUUCGUUACAACUACCAGGAUUACAGUAAGGCAUUUGAUUCGCAAGAUGAGAAGCAGCUCAAAGAAUCUGAAAGUACGGCUUCACUUCUUGAACUAGUCCAGUGUUGGUUGGAGAGAACUCCUGGUCUUGAAGAAGAUGGGUUUGAUUUUUGGAGAAAAUACAAGAAGAGUGUUCAAACGAUGGUUGAAACUCAAAAGGCUGAAGCCGAGGCUGAAGAAGACGAAGAAGUGCGAGGGAUCUUGUUCGCAGAGAUUAAAAAACAAGAGGAUCAUUUUGAUACAAUCUUUAGUGAGGAGAGACACAACCAACUUGUUGCUCGAGGUGAAAGAAGGUUUUCUCAUAAAGCCAUGCAGGGGGCAUUGAUGAUUUACUUUUAUAGGGACGAGCCGCGCUUUAACCAACCAUUUCAAAUUCUUCAACUGCUGAUGGACAUCGACUCAAAUUUAAUCAAAUGGCGAUACAAUCAUUUGAUGAUGGUUCAGCGCAUGAUUGGCAGUAAAAUGGGCACUGGCGGGACGUCUGGGUACCAGUACCUUCGGUCCACCGUCAGUGAUCGUUACAAGGUUUUCGUUGACUUGUUUAACUUGUCCAACUUCCUGAUACCACGCGAUCAAAUUCCACCACUCAGCUCCUCAAUGAAGGCGCGCCUGCGCACUGCGCUGGUUGGAGGUCGGCUGUACGACAGUGACAGUGCUCACUUUAGCGACAGCAGUGAAGAUGAUCAGGUGUCAGCGCUUUCCUCCCUUCUCAAGAACACGGACAUUACAAGUGCACCUACUGUCGACACCAACGGAGACGAAGUGGCUGGCAAUAAUUAGUCUAAAUUUUCAAGUUACCUUUUUAAAAUGAUGUGGGAUUCUCCRCCUGAAAACUUAUUUCACAUGGUAUUUAUUUCGAACAAACGUAUUUUGGGGAUGUAAUUUUGUACAACUUCUUCGCUCACUUUCAAUAACACUUUUGCUAUUCCCUUCCCGGAUACACCGCUUCAUUUAAAGAAUAUGUAUAAAUAUUUGUUCGUACAAUUUAUUUAGGACAAAAAUUUGACUCGGCACAUGAAGAGCUGCAGAAGAAUAGUGUCGUCGUAUGAAAUUGGAAACUUAUUAUUUCUAUAUUUUCGUAAAUACAAACAGUAUACAGUUUGUAAGAUUUGAAAUUGUAGUCACGGGAUUCUAGUCAUGGUUGUAUUCAAUUGGACAGAAACAUUUUUCUGAAAUAGCUUUCCAUAUUCAAAGCUUCCCAUGAUCAAAGCUUAAAGUUUUA